AUGAUCACUCGGCUGGACGACGCGAGUGCGCGCAAAAUCUCCGCAGGGCAGGUCAUCACCGACCUCACCAGCGUAGUGAAGGAGUUGCUGGAAAACGCACUCGACGCGCACGCGCAAGUAAUAAAAAUUCGUCUCGUGAACCACGGUCUCGACGAGAUCACCGUUGAGGACGAUGGCACCGGCAUCCCAAUGGGCCCCAUCAUCGAUGUCGAGUCCGGGGUGCUGCGUGAGGGAGCCGGCACACCUCUCCUGUCCAGCCGCGCGUCGACGAAGCACUUUGCCGCGAGGGGCGAAAGCGACGGCGUAGCGCUGUCCUCCGCCCCAUCCUCCUCUUCUCUUCUGCCGCUGCGCAGCAGUGGGGCACUCAAGCCGGAGCCGGACGAAGGUGUUGGGGAAUCGGCCCGUGACCCGUCGUUGGGCUUCCGCGGGGAGGCCCUCCACUCCCUGGCCAACGUGAGCGAUCUGACGGUGGACACACGCACCCGCGAGACCGCGCCCUACACAAUCUGCAUCACCUACGAUCCCACCACACACACCUCUCACGUAGCCGUCUCCCGCCUUCGCGAUGAGGGCGGCACUACUGUUACCGCACGUCGCCUGUUUGCAAACCUGCCGGUGCGGCAUCGCGAGUACACGAAGAACUGCCGGCGCCAGCUGAGCAAGGCAACGAGCACGGUGCGGCAGUACGCCGUCUCCCACCCGCACAUCCGACUGCUGAUGACGCACCAGGAGUCACUGACUUCCGCCGUCACGACGCUGGUGUCGUUGACAGGAUCGGGCGAUGCCAGCCGAAGCGUGACCGAGGCCUACGGCGGGCUCUGUGUGUCCCACAUGCAGCGCGUCAACUGGGGCUUUUCAUUCGGCGAGAUGUGCGGCUUUGUCUCCAAGGUGGACGGUGGUGGUCGGCUGAGCAGCGAUCAUCAAGUCUUUGCUCUGGAUGGGCGUCUCGUGGACCUGCCACGGCUGAGCAAAGCAAUCAACGACGCCUUUGCGCAGUGUCUGCCCAAUGCGUCGCAGCGGCUGCAGGUGGGGUUUUUUCUUCAGGUCCAAACGAACGCGUCGCUGCAGUACGACGUGAACUUGACACCGGACAAGCGGAAGGUGCUGCUCUCGCAGGAGGACCGCCUGGCGGAUGAGGUGUACCGAUGUGCCCUGCAGGAGUUCAGCCUGGCCUCGCAGUCGAUUGAGCUGAAUCGGGACCGGCGUAUGGAGCAGACGAAGGCGGCGGACCUCCGCGCGACUGAACUGACGAGGCUGACACGCACGCCAGUGUCCGCCACCUCCUUCACGCAGUUUACGUUUAAGCGUCCGAGGGCAGAGGAGUCGUCCACAGCGCACGCCGACGGUACUAGCAGUGGUGACGGGGUGCCGUGCGGUGCCACUGCCUCCGCCACCAUGUGUCUUCCCAAGCUGGGACAUUUUCUGUACGGCGACGCAGCGGGGAUGGCGGACAGCGAGUUGGACGCCGAGUCUCCCACACCGGACCUGCUGGCCGCCUCCUCGUCUUCCUCUUCCAGCGGCAUGGCGAGUGGCGAGGACGAGAGGGACGUGCUGCACUGCAGCAACGAUGACUCCACGCUCCUCAAUGCAGAGGGUCCAGCUUCUACUCCCGUGGCGGACAUGGCGAUGGAGGCUGUCGAGGUGACGCGGCUGUCGGACGAGGGUAUUCGUCAGCGCAGCGGAGGUGCCUGCCACCACUGCAGUUUCCCCGAUCUCGCCGAGCUGGCCAAGGUGGAUUUGCUCACCGAGAGGAAGGAGGAAAGGGACACUGAGGCACCGGGCACCCCGUGCACGAGCGGACUGGCUCUCAGGACUGGGCGCGUGCCAAGGUCUGCCAGACACACACUCGGCGCACAAACAGACUCGGACUUGACGCAGUACUUCAGCAAAAACUCCUUCAAGGAAAUGCAGGUGGUUGGCCAGUUCAACCACGGUUUCAUCAUUGCUGUUUUGAAGAACGGCGACGUGUUCGUGGUGGACCAGCACGCGUCCGACGAGAAGGCGAACUACGAACGCCUAAUGCGGAACUACGUCGCGACCCCGCAGCCGCUGGUGAUCCCGGUGCCGGUGGCGAUGGACGCACACGAGGUGAACCUGGCAGUGGAACAUGCAGACAUGCUGCAACACCACGGCUUUAAGGUGCGGCUGGGCAGCGACGACACGAAGCUGCUUGUCUGCUCGCUGCCCGUGUUGCCCUAUGACGUGGUAAGCGCCGCGGAUGUGGUGGAGUUGGUGCAGCAGCUGGUGCUGUACGGCACCAUCACACACCCGCUCCGUGCGGUGUGGCACUCCAUGGCCACUAAGGCAUGCCGCAGCAGCAUCAUGAUUGGCACGGCGCUGACCAUGAAAACGAUGCGGCAGGUUGUGCGUCGUCUGGGGGAGCUGGAGCAGCCGUGGAACUGUCCUCACGGACGACCCACACUGCGACUGCUGGGCAAUCUGGCGGAUCUGCACAAGGAAGGCGGAGGCGUUACACCGCAAUGA